UCCUGAGGCUCUUCCUUACUCCCGUGUUGUUUUUGUUCCCCCCAAAACCAACCGACGACCUGGAAGAAAUCUCUUUGCUUGUUGAAAUCGGUUGCAGCGGGACGGGACGGGAGACGCUCUGUCCGUAGCUUCCAUCGAUUUCUUUCUUGAGAAUCCUCCUCUUGGUCUGGGUUCUUGCAAAGCUGUUCGACCGGGCGAGAUGGAGGACAAGCGGAAGGCCGCCGACGACGGCAUCAACCGGGCAACUAAGCAGCCGCGUGCAACGCCGAAGGAGACUACAGCCGGCGGCGACAUUGCCGGGACUUCGGAGCAGCCUGCAGACGGCGAUUUGCAGCCGCUUCCACCAGCCUUCGCUGUAGGCCUUCCGGCCGAUCCCUCUUCCCAGAUCGGUGCAGCAGCUCGCGGCCGAGGGGGUGGUGGGUGGAGGGCGCCGCCGCCGCCGGCAAUCUUGCCGCCGCUUCGCAAUCCAGCCGAUGCGCCGCUGCGGGCCUGCCGUUCUUGCUAUACUCCAUCACCGUGGGUUUGGCCUUUCCGGAAUAGAACAACGGGGCUUGUGGUCCCGGUGGCCUUGUGCCAGGAUUGCUACCGCAAUCGCUUCAUCGGCAACAGGACUCCGCAGCACGCGCAGAUCGACAACGUGCCUCGGAGUUCCGGGCUGAUCCGCGCGGCGCCGGAGCAGCAGCAGCCUUCUUCACGGGCAAGGGAGCAGCAGCUCUCUUUACGGGCUGAGCUUGAAGCGCUGGAUGCAGCGAUACUGGUGGCGCAGAAUAUUCUGAACAAUCCAUUUUCCAUCAUCUGCGAGGCUUGCGGCCACCCCUCCGGCACCAACAAGAAUGCGUGCAGGGUUUGCAACCCCUUGGGCAACGCGCCUCCGCAGCACGCGCAGACCGGCAACGUGCCUCGGAGUUCCGGGCUGAUCGGCGCGGCGCCGGAGCAGCAGCCUUCUUCACGGACUGAGCUUGAAGCGCUGGAUGCAGCGAUGCUGGUGGCGCAGAAUAUUCUGAACAAUCCCUUUUCCAUCAUCUGCGAGGCUUGCGGCCACCCCUCCGGCACCAACAACAAUGCGUGCAUGGUUUGCAACCCCUUGGGCAGCGCGCCUCCGCAGCAACCGCAGAGCGGCUACGUGCCCAGCUACGCCGCCGCCGGUGCGCCUCGGGGGGCAGUGGCAGUCCCUACCAGUGAGCAGCAGCUCCUGGCUAAUCUGGAUGCACCGGCGAGACCUAUUUUGGACUACGCGCAGGUUCAGGCGGCGGUCUCUGCCCGUGUGAAGGCGCUCCAGGACUGGCUGGUGGCGCAGCUGGCGACGACCGAGCUAGCAAACCGGCCGUCGAACUGCCCGCCACCGCCACCGCCACCGCCAGGGCAGAGCUAGCUUAUGUCGGCCCUGCGUCCAUCCCUUCUUCUCGUUCCUCGUCUCAUGUUAAUUAGCACUGUUACUGCUGAGUGUAUUCUGAUGGUGUAUUCCCUGGCAACUUUCUUGGUACUUCAUUCAAUCCAAUGCUGCUGUAUGUCUUGUGAACUCUGGGAGAAGGCAGCUUAACUG